UCGCUUGAUACAACAUUGGGGUUAUUCAGCAUAGCAAGAUGGAGGUCGCAAAUUUAUUGCCGGUAGUUGAUCGCCUCGAGGAUAAUAUUGAUGACCUAGAGGAGACGCUUGAACCCCUUCUUGCGCGGUCGUUGGACGAGACCUCCAAGAAGCUGCCGCUAUUGGAAAGAGCCAAGCUCCAUACUUUGCUCACAUAUACACUGGAGUCACUGAUAUUUUCUUAUUUGAAACUCCACGGCACUGAAGCCCAAGAACACCCCGUCUACAAAGAAUUAACCCGAGUGAAACAGUACUUUGACAAAAUAAAAGCGUUGGAAAAUCCACCGGAGGAAGAGGCAAAGCCAACCAUGAAGUUGGAUCAACAAGCCGCUCGUCGCUUUAUAUCUCAUGGUCUUGCUGGAAAUGACCAAUACGACAUCGAGCGAGCAGAAAAAUUAGCAAAAGAAAAAGCACGAGCACAACUCAAAGCAGCCCUGCUAGCCAAAAGAGCUAAAGAAGAAUCAGUAGCCUCUACUCCUGUUCAAGAAGCAAACAAACCUCCUACCUCUGCCGAAAGCUCAGAAUCAGAAGCAGAAUCAUCGUCAGAGUCAGAAGAAGAAUCCGAAGACGAAUCUUCGACAGAUAAUGUCGAUAACAAGGUGUCAGCCACACCGGAGGAGUUUAUAAAGCUCCCAUCAGACCCAAUGGAAGAGCCAAAGAAUUCUAAGAAGAAAACCGCAAAGGCAAAAGCGAAGAAGAGGAAGGAAGAUGCCAUGAAAGCUAAAAAGGCCGAGCGACAGGCAAAGAGAGAGGCAAAGGGUAUUCCAGAGCCAAAUUCCAAACAAUCACGAAGUGCUAGGCGGAAAGAAAGACGGCGUAAGAAGGAGGCCAAGAGAAAGGACCAGACCAAGGAUAAGAAGAAGUAAUAGGCGAUGCGAUGAUACUUAUUUCAGUAGACUUCUAGCAUAUGCAUUCGGCUGGGUAUAGACUGAAUGGCAGGCGUUGGGGUUUUUGGUUGCAGUGUACAUAUAGUAUAUGACAUAGGCUCUGGCAUACGCUUUUAUAUGAUUAUUAUA